UGUUUUUCUCUUCUUUCUCUCGUUGCUUCCUAUGUUGUUGUUGUUGUUGUAGUCUUUCCUUCUUCUCAGUUUCUCAGGUUAGCGUGAGCCAUCAUCAUGGGACUAGAAUCUAAAGGAAGAGCUUGGUUUGGUAAAAUCUAUAACAAGUUGGAAACUUUACUUGUUGAGGUUGACUCUUUCACUUCUCAGAGCACGCUUUGUUUAAAACCUAGUGAUCUUCCGGGAUUUGAAUCUGUUAGAGGUGAACCAAAGGAAGUAGCAGAACAGGGCCGUUCUUCUGUAUCUUAUAAUGUGAAGCAACACCAUGGUGAUCGUGUUGCUUCACCUCGACGUGAGAGUCUUUUUGAUCCACCGUCUCAUCAGAACUUUGACAUGCCAGGACAUGUUGUGGUUGAGAAACGAGUUCAAGAAGACAGUUUGCAGGAGAAUUCAUCAGCCUCCUCGUUUCCUGUUGGAGAUAAAAUACUCUCUACAUCUCCGUUGAUUGAAGACGAAUGUGAUGCUACUACUCUUGUUGAUGAAAAACAAUUAGUUACUGAUGAAGAGUCUCAUCAGGUCUUGUCUGAUGGAGAAACACACUCUACAGAAGAGUAUCAUGAUGCUAAUCUGACAUCAGCCACUACUAUUGGUGAUGAAGAACCUGUAGUUACUGAUGAUGAGUCUAAUGGAGAAGCACUCUCUACAUCUCCAUUGCUUGAAGAGUAUCAUGAUGCUAAUCUGACAUCAGCAACUACUGUUAGUGAUGAAGAAACAAUAGUUACUGAUGAAGAGGAGACUCAUAUCACUAACACAUUGACACCUCAGAUAUUUUCUGAUCAACCAAAGGAAGCUACAGAGGACAGUUCUUCCGAAGCUUCUAUCAUGCAGCAAGACCAUGACCCUGUUGAUUCACCGAGUUGUAAAACUCCUUCUGAUCAACCAAAGGAAGCUGCAGAGGACAGUUCUUCCGAAGCUUCUAUCAUGCAGCAAGACCAUGACCCUGUUGAUUCACCGAGUUGUAAAAUUCCUUCUGAUCAACCAAAGGAAGCUGCAGAGGACAGUUCUUCCGAAGCUUCUAUUGUGCAGAAAGACCAUUUACUCUAUUCACCGAGUUGUAAAAGUCGUUCUGAUCCACCGUCACAUCAGAAAUUUGACAUUUCAGAACAUGUUCUAGUUGAGGAACGAGUUCAAGGCGAUAUUUUGCAGGAGAAUUUAGUUCAAGAAGAUGGUUUUGAGGAGAAUAUAUCGCCCUCCUCCUCCUUGUCUGACGAAGAAAUACUGUCUACAUCUCCAUUGCUUGAAGAGUAUUGGGAUACUUCUCUGACAUCAGCCUCUACUAUUGGUGAUGAAGAAUCAAUAAUUACUGAUGAUGAGUCUCAGAACACCAAUACAUUAACCACUCAAAACUCUUCUCCUGGAAGCUCUUUGGUUUUUCCAGAUGGGGAAAGUGUAGAAGAAGUUAGAGUUGAAUCCUCCUUGCCGGAUGGAGAAAUACUUUCUACAUCUUCAUUGCUUGAAGACUACUGUGAUGCUAAUUUGACAUCAACCACUACUCUUGGUGAUGAAGAACCAAUAGUUACCGAUGAUGAGUCUCGGAUCACUAACACUUUCACCCCUCAUAAAGUUUCUCCAUGCGGGGAAAGUGUAGAAGUUGGAGAUGUAUCGUGCAGAGGUGUUGUUUCCACAGAAUCUCAAUCUACUCAAAGUUCUAUAAGAGGUUUUGGGACAGUAGCAGAGAGUAAUGAUGACGCCGUUCUUCCUGCGCUUGGUAUCUUUAAGGAUAAUGAUUCAAGUCCGAACGAUCCACUCGCCACCAAGAUUACAGAUGUACCUGUUCAAGAUAAUGUGCCAAACAUGAGAUCCUCUAAUGCGGAUGUGAUGAAUGACAAAUCUGAUGUUGCUCCAUUGGAUAUCAAUGCAUUGUACCACAUCGAUUUUCGAGAAGACUCCUCGUAUGUUGACAACAAUGCAAUGCGUGUUAAGACCAUUUCUCCAUUGGAUACCAAUGCAUUAAACAGCAUGCAAUCUCGAGAAGACCCCUUGUAUGUUGACGACAGUGUGCUUUAUGCAAUGCAUCUUAGGACUAAGAAACUCAGAUCCUUCAAGCAGAGAAAGAUCUUGGAUGCUUUAACUUCAAAAAGAAGAAGAGAGAAGGAAUAUGAGCAACUUGCAAUUUGGUUUGGAGAUGCGGAGAUGGGUUCUGAUCUGGCCACUGGGGAAGACUCUAAACAAGUGAAAGCCAUGGACUCCAAAAGCUCACAGCUACUUGAAUCAGAAGAUUCCCAAUGGGAGCUAUUGUGAGAUUUUUUGUUCACCUCAUAUUGUACAAGUUAAAAUACGCCCUGUGA